AGCAGUUUGAAUGACGUUGGUGGUGCAACAUACUUCACCUGUAGCUCAGGAUUUACAAUGGUGGGCAGGAGUGCUUCCGUAUGCAACACAUCUGGAUCAUGGUCAGAGCCAGUGCCAAUUUGCCAAGCAAUUAAUUGCCCUGCCAAUCCAACUGCUCCUGUAAAUGGUGUUGUAGCAACUGGUGAUCGAAAGGCAUUCACGACUAGAACAUAUUCCUGUAAUACCGGAUAUCAACUUUCUGGAGCAACAACAACUGUUUGUCAAACAACUGGAACAUGGUCUGCAACACCACCAACGUGCACCCGUGUCUUGUGCAGUAUUCAAGUUGCUCCUUCUAAUGGAGCUAUUGCCAGUUUGUCCUUGGAGAUAUACGGUGCAGCGAUUUUUACCUGCAAUUCGGGAUACAAUGUAGUCGGUUCCAGCGCAUCAGUAUGUCUUCCAAAUGGAGCUUGGUCGAUUACUCCACCAACGUGUCAGCGUGUUCAAUGUCCCUCGAUCCUUGCAUCACCUCUCUUUGGAUCUGUAUUGCCAGGAAGUAAUGAGGUAUUCAAUUCCAGACAAUUUAAAUGUCAUCCUGGUUAUCAACUUGAAGGUAGUUCACACACAAUUUGUCUUUCAACUGGUGCAUGGUCUCAGCCAACACCUAAGUGCAAACGUGUUUUGUGCAGCGGUCAAGUUGCUCCUCUUAAUGGAGCUAUAGCAAGUAUGUCCUUAGAGAUAAAUGGUGCAACAAUCUUCAUUUGCAAUUCAGGAUACAAUGUAUCCGGCAGCAGUGCAUCUGUUUGUCUUCCAAAUGGAACUUGGUCAAGUUCACCACCAAUUUGCCAGCGUAUUACAUGUCCAACGAGUGUUCCAACACCAUCUUUUGGAACUGUAACCACAGGCAUAAAUGAAGUAUUCAGUUCCAGAAAGUGUUUCUUGCAGCAGUCAAGUUGCUCCUAUGAAUGGUUCGAUUGCUACGGCGUCUUUGGAGAUUAA